UGAAAGAAAGUUUCUUAGUGUUGACAUUCAUAACCUCUUAUCUUGUGACAAAUGCCUGAAAAGACGAAAACCACUGAAACUAAUUCACCAACCUUGCAUCCAUUGACCUGGCUGGAUCCAGAUCUCUGCACAAACCUUCAACAAUGCUUAAGAGAGAAGUCAAGCCAUACUGGAAUCUGUCUGUCAAAGUUUUAUAUGCAAAGACCCAUCACUCCUAUGACUACUUGUCUGCAUCUGAUUGCUAUGUCAUCCUGAACUUACCCACGGCAUCUGCCUGUACAUAUCGCACCAAGACUAUCGCAAAUAGCAACAACCCUGAAUGGAAUGAAACUUUUAACUUCAGGGUCCACAGCAACAUCAAGAACAUUCUGGAGAUCUUGCUCUAUGAUGAAGACCCAUUCAUCAGAGACGACCUGUGUGCCACUAUCUUUUUUGACAUCAAUAACCUUACACCUGGGACAAAGGAGACCAAAUGCUUUAUUAUAAAUGAUACGACUAAGGAUGAACUGUGGAUAGAGUUUGAGGUUACUAAGAGCUCCGUUACACCAAGGCCAUGUGUAUCUAAUGGAGUAUUGGUGACAGGUCCUUUUUGUGAGCUGAAUGUGGAUAUAGACAAGCUUCUUAAGAAGUCUGAAGCAACACAGAACAUGGUGUUGAAACUAAAAGGAGCAUACAAAGAGGAUUUUGUGAUCUCAAAUUCUGAGGAAAGCUCCAGCUUCCUGAGAACAUUACGUUACUACAUCAACCGAGACUUGGAAACUGAAAUGAAUCUGACCUCCGACACUACUAUCACCCCAGCAAAUGCUGGGACAGAAGUGAAUGCUGCUAUUCCAAACCCUGUAGACACUGGAUUGACUUCUUUCCCUUUAAAACCACUACCAGCCAAACACCAGCUUACUGUCUCUUUGCCUCUAGGAAAGAAUAAAGUUGAUCUGCAACUGAAAACAGAUGAUCGCUCUGAUGAAGACCUGGAUGUGCGUCUGGAUUUUGAUAUCCCAGAGGAGGAAAAGAAUUUUCUGGUGAAGAGACGAAAUGUCGUGUCACAAGCUCUACAGAAAGCUCUGAAUCUCAGCUCUGCACCAGAGCCCAGUAAGGUCCCAAUAAUAGCUGUAGUGUGUUCUGGUGGGGGGACCAGAGCAUUAACAAGCACGUAUGGUAGCCUUAAAGGUCUCCAGAAGAUCCAACUUCUUGAUGCAGUCAGCUACAUUACAGGGGUUUCAGGUGCCACUUGGGCUUUAUCCUCUCUUUAUGAAGAGCCUAACUGGUCAAAGGAGGGCCUUGAUAAGUCUAUGGAGUCUGUAAAGAAAGAAAUCUCUAAAAAGAUGCUCAGUUUGUUUUCCCUGGAGCAGCUACAGGAAUACAAAAAGAAGGUGGAAGAGCGUGAGAAAGAAGGACACCUUGUGUCUCUCAUUGAUAUGUGGGGUCUGGCUUUAGAGUAUCUUUUCCAAGGCAAGAAGCACAUGGGUACACUAUCUGAACUGCAGAAGACAGUGUCCGAUGGCCAGAACCCUCUACCCAUCUUCACAGCUGUCAACCUGAAGAAUGGCAAAACAGAAAGUAUAGUAGAUGCAGAAUGGUGUGAGUUCACCCCAUAUGAGGUUGGAUUUCCUAAAUACGGUGCCUUUGUACCUGCACAGAACUUCGGGAGUGAAUAUUACCUUGGUCACAUGGUCAAGAAACUCCCUGAAACUAAGUUGUCCUUUCUUGUCGGAAUGUGGAGCAGCAUUUUCUCUGUAAAUCUGACAGAGAUCUGGCGUCUUGCAACAGGAGUCGCCCCCUCCUGGACCCCUUGGUUUGGAGGAGGAGUGAGUAAAACAGAGACUGAUAGUAAACCAACAGCACUUGGCACAUACCUGAUCAGCCCCGUAACUGACUUUGCUAAAAUGCUGUGUGGCUUUAUGACCAGCCGUCCCAUUGUCAGCCAGAUGUUCAACUUCCUGAGAGGCUUCAACCUGCACAGGAACUACAAUGAGAACACAGGCUUCAUUGCAUGGAAAGACACACACCCAGAUGCCUUUCCCAACACCCUGACUCCAACUGAUCAUGUGCUGGGUUUAGUAGAUGCCGGAUUUGCCUUAAAUGCAGGAUUCCCUCCUGUGGUUCGCUCUCACAGACAUGUGGACGUUAUUCUGUCUCUAAACUACUCCUGGGAACAGGAACAGUUUAAGGUUUUAAAGCAAUCUCAGGAGUACUGCACUGAUCGCAAGAUUCCAUUUCCAAAGAUCGAUUUCAAAAAGGUGGAGUCUGAGCCACUGAAGGAAGUUUAUGUGUUUGAGGAUAAAGACGAUCCAGAAGCUCCCAUAGUGCUUCACUUUCCCAUGGUCAACGUCUCAUUCAAGCAGUUCAAAGCUCCUGGAGUGAAGAGAGAAGGCGAGAAGGAGCUGAAGGAGGGAGCCGUUGAUGUUGAAUUUAACAGUACCUCCUCGCCAUAUCUCACUCAAAACCUGACUUACACGCCGGAGGACUUCCAGAAGCUUAUCAACCUCACUUCCUACAACAUCCAAAACAACAAAGACAUCAUUUUGAAUGCGCUAAACAAAGCCCUACACCGAAACAGGGAAAGGCAGACAGGUGAUGAAAGCUACAGCAAAAAGAAGAAGAAGAAGAAGAAGAAGAAGAAGGCGGUAGGAAAGACCAGUUCAGCGUCUACACCAACAAAAGACUGAGGCGCGGUGAUCUGCAGCGCUGUUACUGUGAAGUACUGUGAAGUAUUUCCAGAACAGAAAGUCACUUUUCUACAUCCCUAAUUAAAAGCUUUUUUUUUUAAAUGUUUGUGCAGUAAAGUCUUAUCGUUUGUCAAUCAUAUUAUAAAAUAAAAAAUAGUUGGCAAUGAAACACUUACAAAAUCAAUAUUAAGUAGCUUAAAGUUAUUAUUAAACCCUUGACUUAAAACAGCAUCUUUGUUUCUGUCUAUUUAACUUGUCAUUACAGCUCGAUUUUCCUGAUCAAUAAAUAAAUUCAAAAUGGUUGAAAAAGUGCAAUAACUUUAAAAAAUGGGUUUUAGUAGGCAAAUGAAACCUAAUUUAUUAAUUCAUUAAAACAAUUUUAUUUUAUGUAUUUUAUUUUUGAACUGACAGAACACUCAGGAUUUUAAUAAUAUCAGGUAGUGAAGACAUAUUAUGGGUGGUAUUCCACACACAAAAUAUAUGGCAGUUUCUUUUGGCCAAUAUGACUCAUUUAGUGUUGUGGAAAUUUUAAUUUUUCAUAAUUUUUACCUGUAUUCUUGUGAAAUAUGAUGCUUAUGGAACAUGAUAUGAUGUUGGCUUAAGUGGUAAUGUUUAACAUAGUGUUAACAUAGAUGUUAGAAAUA